GCGGGGCGGCGCCGGGGGCGGCGGGCGGCGGGGCGGGCGCAGGAUGAGGGCGGCCAUUGCUGGGGCUUCGCUGCGGGGAGGAGGACGCUGAGGAGGCGCCGAGCCGCGCAGCGCUGCGGGGGAGGCGCCCGCGCUGACGCGGGGCCCAUGGCCAGGACCACCAGCCAGCUGUAUGACACCGUUCCUAUCCAGUCCAGUGUGGUGUUAUGUUCCUGCCCGUCCCCAUCAAUGGUGAGGACCCAGACUGAGUCUGGCACUGCCCCUGGCGUUCCCGGUGGUGGGAGCAGGCAGGGCCCCACCAUGGACGGCACCAGAGCCGAGUCCCGGCCGAGUUCCAGCUCCCUGCAUGCUGCCGCCCAGCCGCCACCACAGCCUCGGAAGAAACGGCCCGAAGACUUCAAGUUUGGGAAAAUUCUCGGUGAAGGUUCUUUUUCGACAGUUGUCCUGGCUCGAGAACUGGCAACCUCCAGGGAAUAUGCUAUUAAAAUUCUAGAGAAACGGCAUAUUAUAAAAGAGAACAAGGUCCCAUAUGUGACCAGAGAGCGAGAUGUGAUGUCACGCCUGGAUCACCCCUUCUUUGUUAAGCUUUACUUCACGUUUCAGGAUGACGAAAAGCUAUAUUUUGGCCUUAGUUAUGCCAAAAACGGAGAACUACUUAAAUACAUUCGCAAAAUCGGUUCAUUCGAUGAGACCUGCACCCGAUUCUACACAGCUGAAAUCGUGUCUGCCUUGGAGUACCUGCACGGCAAGGGCAUCAUCCACAGGGAUCUUAAACCAGAAAACAUUUUGUUAAAUGAAGAUAUGCACAUCCAGAUCACAGAUUUUGGAACAGCAAAAGUAUUGUCCCCAGAGAGCAAGCAAGCCAGGGCCAACUCGUUUGUAGGAACAGCACAGUACGUCUCUCCAGAGCUGCUCACCGAAAAAUCGGCCUGUAAAAGUUCAGACCUCUGGGCUCUUGGAUGCAUAAUAUACCAGCUUGUGGCAGGACUCCCGCCGUUCCGAGCCGGAAACGAAUAUCUUAUAUUUCAGAAGAUCAUUAAGUUGGAAUAUGACUUCCCAGAAAAAUUCUUCCCUAAGGCAAGAGACCUUGUGGAAAAACUUUUGGUUUUAGAUGCCACAAAGCGGUUGGGCUGUGAAGAAAUGGAAGGGUACACGCCUCUUAAAGCCCAUCCGUUCUUUGAGUCCAUCACGUGGGAGAACCUGCACCAGCAGACACCGCCAAAGCUCACGGCUUACUUGCCAGCCAUGUCGGAGGACGACGAGGACUGCUACGGCAACUACGACAAUCUCCUGAGCCAGUUUGGCUGCAUGCAGGUGUCAUCGUCUUCUUCCUCCCACUCCUUGUCUGCCCCGGAUGCCAGCCUGCCCCAGAGGUCGGGCAGCAACAUAGAACAGUACAUCCACGAUUUGGACACUAAUUCUUUUGAACUGGACUUACAGUUUUCCGAAGAAGAGAAGAGGUUAUUAUUGGAGAAGCAGGCUGGUGGAAACCCUUGGCAUCAGUUUGUAGAGAAUAAUUUAAUACUAAAAAUGGGUCCAGUGGAUAAGCGAAAGGGUUUAUUUGCACGCCGACGACAGUUAUUGCUCACAGAAGGGCCACAUUUAUAUUAUGUAGAUCCUGUCAACAAAGUCCUGAAAGGUGAAAUUCCGUGGUCACAAGAACUCCGACCGGAGGCCAAGAAUUUUAAAACUUUCUUUGUUCACACGCCUAACAGGACGUAUUACCUGAUGGAUCCAAGCGGGAAUGCUCACAAGUGGUGCAGAAAGAUCCAGGAGGUUUGGAGGCAGCGAUACCAGAGCCACCCGGAUGCUGCUGUGCAGUGACGUGGCCUGUGGCCGGGCUGCCCUUCGCUGCCAGGACACCUGCCCCAGUGCGGCUCGGCCGCCAUCCGGCACGCUUCCAGACCACCUCCAGCCAUCUCAAGGGGAACGCAGAAGGCGGAAACCUUGCAGCUUUUUUAUUUAAAAGAAAA